AUGUACGUUCACUGCAAAGAAGGCACGGGACGCAGUGUGGCGGUGACCUUGUGUUGGCUCGUGGCUGCUCGUGAAAUGGAUUCUUUAGCGGCACAAGAGUAUCUGAGUGGGAAACGCCACGUGCGCAAAGUCGCUUUACUUGCAUCCAGAUGGAUGGAGUGCUGCCAAGGAGAAGGAAAAAAACUCUGGAUUCUGUCCGAUCAGAAACUUCGCGUCGAGAACGUCAAUGCGUUGCUGGAUAUCCACAUGGCGAACUUUGAACGGUACAUGAUCGAGAAAAUGAAGUUGGCGCGCUCGCAUUCGUUUUACCAUGCAAAAGGCCUGGGACUCUUUGCAGUGCCAUGUCAAUCUAUUGCAAAGCUUUACACUGCCAACCUGGCAGAUCUGGGCACUCGCAACUCUCGUACUCUAUGCUGCGUUCCAACUGCAUCUGUUGCCCAAGCAGCAGUCCAAGUCGCAGCCCAAGUCGUAGCUCAAGUAUUCUUUUUCCUGACGUGGCCACUCUCGUACUUAUCGCAACGUCAGAAGUACUGGACGCUGGUGGACUCGCAUGUCCUGCUGGGAGCAGCGUCCACAGCUUUUCUGCCUCAUGUUGACGCUCCAGCAGCUUGUGGGGUUGAUGCAGUUGUCAAUCUACGUGAUGAGUACGCAUGCCCUAUGGAGCAGUACAAGAGACACCACAUCCAGCAGCUUCAACUGCCGACAGUUGACCACUUUUCGCCUUCACUUGAGGCAUUAACAGCAGCUGUUGCGUUCAUUUAG